AUCAAGAAGAAAGUACAGAAACGUCAGAAAAAUGUAAAACAGCAGAAGAGGACUAUGGCUACUGAAGUUCAAGACAAUAUGGAACAGAGUGACUUGGAAUGUGGAGGGCACAGUAGUGGUUUCACGAUGCCAAAACACCAGAGAGAUAGAAAACAAAGACAUAACAUGAUUAUCAUGUCUGAUGAUUCUGAAAGCAGUGUGGAAGAGAGUGAAGGAGAACUUGAAGAGUACAGCCCUUUCAUUCAUGGAAGUGGUCCGACAUGCCAUACUGCUCGAUUCAGAAGUCCUAUAGAGUCUCCAGUUGCUUUUCAGGAUCAAACAGAGGAUGACAGCCCUGUGGCUUUUUGUAAACCAAAACUGGUAUUUCCUUCAAAUACACCACAUGUCCGUCGUUCAAGAAGAACUCGUGUGAUACCCCUGGAGUAUUGGAGAGGAGAGCGUGCAGACUAUCAGCAGCGACCUUCGGGAGGGUUUUCACUUGCAUGUAUAUUAUCUCCAGAAAAGAGGAAAACUCCUUACAAGUCUAACAGAAGAGGUCAGAAAAAAAAACUACAAACAGAAGGCAACUGUGUCAACAAAGUACUGAGAGUUCCAGAGACAGAACCACAGAUGUAUUCAGUUGUAUUGGACGAGCAUGGAAAUGAAAUCAGAAUGGCAUGUAUUAAAACUGCAGCCAAGGUUCCAACAACUCUUCAGUCUGAUGUGCUUGCCAUACACAAGAAUCUGAUUUACUCUAACUUUUCUGCUGGAAAGUUGGUAUUAGGGCCUUAUAUCGAAAAAGAGUAUCAGUAUGUCUACAACAAUUCAUUGGUAUUUUAUAUUAUCACUGGAUCAUUAUCUGUAACUUUAUAUCGCACUUCAUAUACUUUGCAGACCGGGGACUAUUUCUUUGUACCACCAGGCAACUGUUACAGUAUUAAAAAUAUGACAGACAGCAAUGCACUUCUGACUUUCACUCAGAUAAAGACUGCAGAGCAAGAACCGUUAUUACCAUCUCAGGAAUUUCUUUGUCCACACAGAAGAUAAAUAUCUGCAGUUGUUAACCUCCAAAAAUACAUAUACAGAAUAUAUUAUCUGAAAAAAAUGUUAAUAGCUUCAAAAUUACAGUUUUAUAUUUUUAUUUGUACAGUUUUACUGCUUUAUACUGUUUGUAUAUAAUAAGACACAGUAUGUACAUUAACACAUUUCUAAAAUAAAACAAGGAUAAAUAUUGAACUGUG